GUCUAAUAACAUCUACAAUUACACCCAAAAGCCGCAGUAUAUAUUAGACUCUUAGAGAAGGCACUUGAAAAUAUAUAGGAAUGGCUUCUGCUAAUCUCAUGCAAGCUGUUUGGUACGAUAGCUAUGGUGGGGGUGCUUCUGCUUUGAAGCAUGUUGAAGCUCCUCUUCCUAGUCCUAAGAAUGACGAGGUUCUCAUUAAAGUGGAAGCAUCAAGCAUAAAUCCAAUAGAUUGCAAAGUGCAGAAUGGGCUUUUGCGUCCACUCCUACCUCGCAGAUUUCCCUUCAUCCCCGUUACUGAUAUAGCAGGGGAGAUAGUCGACCUUGGAUCUGACGUCAAAAACUUUAAAACUGGUGACAAAGUUGUUGCUAAGCUUAAUGAUGUGAGUGGAGGUGGACUAGCUGAGUAUGCAGUGACCAAGGAAAGUUUGACUGUUGCAAGGCCCCCUCAAGUAUCAGCUGCCGAAGCUGCUGCUUUAGUUACUGCUGGAAUUACAGCUCUACAGACCAUCACCGAAUCUGCAGGACUCAAGGUCGAUAAGAGUGGACCAAAAGCUAACAUCCUUGUAACAGCUGCUUCAGGUGGUGUUGGUCAUUAUGCUGUCCAACUGGCAAAGUUAGGAAACAUACAUGUAACUGCUACUUGUGGAGCCCGCAACUUUGAUUUCGUAAAGAGCCUAGGCGCUGACGAGGUUAUUGACUACAAGACCCCGGAAGGAGCCGCUGUGAAGAGCCCUUCAGGCAAGAAAUAUGACGCUGUUAUCAAUUGUACCACAGGUAUUCGUUGGACUACUUUUGAGCCUAAUUUAAGUGAGCACGGGAAGGUUGUAGAUAUGACCCCUGGUGCCGGGACCUUUGCUAAUUUUGCCCUGAAGAAGCUAACCUUCUCUAAGAAGAUAGUUGUGCCCUUUCUGGUGAACUGCAAAGCUGACAACUUGGAAUAUCUUGUAAAGCUAGUGGAACAAGGAAAACUUAAAACAGUCAUCGACUCCAAGUAUCCCUUUAGCAAAGCUGAAGAGGCAUGGGGUAGGAGCCUGAGUGGCCAUGCUGUUGGGAAGAUCAUCAUUGAGCAUUGAAUUUCAUGUAGCUCUCUUAAACAAUACGAUAUCUAUAGUGAGUAAAUAAAGAUAUUUGAAAUAUGUACUUGGCGGCGGUCCUCAUGUUUAUUGGCUUCGGAACUGAAGAUAAAUUGGAUGUUCCCCCAUUAUGCAAUACCUUUUCUCUCUUAAUUUGAUGAUACAUUUUGAAAUAAACUUUUGAGUUUUUGA